AUGAUUAGAAGUGUCCUACUGACAUGGGGAGGAAGAAGAAGGUACAGCACUCCCAACUGGAGAAGUGAAAACUUAAAAGCACUUAAAAAGUUAUCAUACGAUUUUUAUAAAAAAUGUCAAGAUAAAAAAAAUUGUAGUUUAAAAUUGUACAAUCAAGCCAUUACCGUUCAUGAGUUCAUUGAGAAAAUGUUUAAGGAAGAUAUAUAUAAUAGUCAAAGCUACAUAUUAAUUUUAAAAGGGUUUAUGAAUAUAUCUGGACUCAUAAAAGAGGAACGAAAGAGAAAUAAUUUGCUCAAAAUGAUGAAUACCUCUGUUGGUUUUUUCACAAAAUAUGUACAUAUUAUGAAUGAACAAGACGUUACAUUAUUACUUGAUAUAAUGGCAAAAUGUGCAAUAAGAAAUUCACAAAUUAGUGAAUUAAUAAUACAAAGACUGGGGAAAAAUGAAAGAAACUCCUUAUUCUAUACUUUAAAUUCGAAAAGUGUGUGCAUAAUUUUGAACAGUCUUUACAAAUUAAAUAUACAGAGUGAUGAAAAUGGAAGAAGCCAUUUCCAACAAUACGUUAAUAAAACCAAUCACAACAUUUACAUUCAAACCCAAUUUGUAAGUGAUAUAUAUUACUUUUAUGUCUAUAACAAAUAUUCCAAUUUCAACUUGACGCAACUUAUAAUUUUACUGCACUCAAUGUAUCGAUACAAUUAUGAAAAGUGCAAAGUUUCUGACUUGAUAAGUUACAUUUCGAAGCGAAUUUUGACAAUAAAUGAAUUGGAUAAACGAACCAAAGACACCACUAUACCUCAUAAGCAUGGUGAUGAUAUUACAAAUCCGGAUACAUCCAUUAUGAGACAUGAUUCCAGUGUAAAAAAUUCACAGAGCAUUAAAAUAUUGGAGGAAAGACAUUGCUUACUGAAAAGGAAGAUUGAAGGAACUCCUGAGAGAAGACUUAACGAGACGCAUGGUGUGCAUAAAAAGGUUAAAAGUUUUCUUCCAUCUUGUCAAUAUAGAAUAAAAGAUGGUGAAUAUUCCCAACUGUUCGAUAUGAAGAAUAAAUAUGAAUUGAUUCUUUUUUACACCUUGAGUUGCUACAAUUACUGUAAUAAUGAAUUGCUUCAAAUUCUUCUUAACAAAAUUAAAAAUAAGGUACUUUUAACAUACAGGGAAAAAGAAGUUUGUAUGCUUGUUCAAAGUGUGUGUCAUUUUUUCAUUUUACGCACAACAAAAAAAUUUGAGAAAUAUGUCACAAAUGAAGAAAAUAGUAUAAAUGAAGAUAACCAAUUAUGUGCCUCCAAUUUGAUAGAAACAAUUAUUGUGAAAAAUACAUCCCAGUUGGAAAAUUAUACCAAGUUUAGUAUUGCCACAAUUUAUAUUAUGCUUUCAAAAUUAAAUUUCUUUUUUGAAAAUAAACAUUUAGAUGUAUUUUUUAUGCAAAAGUUGUUUUCUACAAAAUAUUUGCAAAAAAAAAAAAAUAAAAUAAAAAAAAUUUAUUUUUCUUGUGUCAAGGACAAUUUUACCCUUAAAACAGUCAUAGGCUUGUUAUUUUCUUUUACCUUGAAUGACAAGAGGGAACAACAUAUUUGCUAUUACGACCUGAUGUUAGACUGUUUGCAUAUGAAACUAUUGUUGGAUCUAGGUGAAAAUAUCACUGCUGGAGGAAGAAUUCACUACAAAAUGAACGAAUUGUUGGACGAGCUGUCCGUGCAAAAUGUCCAACUGCUGUGUGUGAUAUAUACAUAUCUUUUUCUGCACAAUAUGCUAAUUCAUGUAAAAAUCAAAAAUUUACAUUUUUUCAAUUUUCUCCUAAGUAAUUUUAAUUAUUUAAAUUGUAUGUACUUGAAACAGCAUGUGUCGUCCAAAAUUCACACGGAAAUUAACACAACAAUAGCUUCUAUAAAAAAAAAAACAAAAAACAAUUUCCUCCUUACCAAUGAGUGCUAUAUUUUCCCCUAUUAUGUGGACAUUUGCUUGAGCUCCACCGCAUGGGCAGGAGCCUAUUGCGCUUUAUUACACCCCCCAGGAGAAAUCAAAAAAUAA